UGUGCAUGAACCCAUGGGCCUCUUCAGGAGGCUGUGUUGGAUCCUCUGAAACGAGUUACAACUGUACCCCACCCCAGGUGACUGUGGGGCUUGGAACCCGGAUCCUCUGCAAGUCAGCAUGUGCUCUUAGCAGCUGACUCCGCUCCUGCCCCUAUGUUUGUGUUCGUUGGUUGUGAUAGGGUCUUGUUGCGGAGCUCUGGCACUGGCCCGGGACUUGUGACAAUCCUCUUGCUUCUGCCUCCCUUUUGUUGUUUUAUAUUUCUCUCCUCUCUCUCUCUCUCUCUCUCUCGUUUUGUUUUUGUUGUUUUGGAGGCAGAUUUUGCAGAACAGGCUGGCCUGGAACUGGCCUUUAUCCUGUCUCAGCCUCCCAAAUUCCAAAAUUUGAGGCAUAUAGCAACACGUCUAUUUUUUCCCCUCAAAACAAGGUUUCCCUGUGUGGUCUUGGCUAUCCUAGAACUUACCUAUUAGACCAGGCUGGCCUCAGAUUCACAGAGAUCCCACUGCCCAUGGCAUCCCGAGUGCUGGGAUUCCAGGCGUGCCUACCGCGCCCAGCAGCACCCUUGUGAGAGCUGCCUUAAGGAUGUAGGUAAGUAAAAAAAAAAAAAAAAAGGAUGCAGGUAAGCAAACGUCCGGAGCUUACGGGAGCAGGCAGCCAUACCCACCUUAUCUCUUCUUUUUAUUUACUUGGCUGUGUACAUGCCUGUGUGCUUGCUUGCCAGCAUACAUGUGGAGGCUGAAGCCUGGGCUGUCCUGGAACCAGCUCUGUAGACCACACUGGCCUCGAACCCACAGAGAUCCCCCUACCCAUUGCAUCCUGAGCAGUGGAAUUAAAGGCGUGCACCACCAUGCCUGGCUUUAGAAUUAAAUAUUUUUAGGGUUUUGUUUUUAGACUUAGUGUCUAUAUAUAUGAUUGUGAACCAUGUGAUAGGAAUUAAAUCUAGUUCCUCAGCAAGAAAAAACAAGUGGGGACGUGCUCUUAACCACUGAGCUGUCUCAUCUCUCACCGAUAAACUAAGACAAGAAACAGGCUUCCCGAACCCAAAGCCGAUAUGCUGGCUAAACUGGCUGGCCAGUGAGCUCACUGUCAUGCCUUGCCCCACCCCCACAGUCUGUCUGUCCUUAUGUGGCCCAGGCUAACCUCUUGAUUCAUUAUUCUCCUGUCUCAGCCUCCCAAAUUCCGGGAUUAGAGGCAUGAGCCAUCACACCCUCCUACAAAGGCGGCCCUGAGUCAGCUCCUGAACCUCUGAACCAGUCCGUUGUACGGCCCCGGGCAGGUGACCACGUGCCCUGGCUGAGCCUCGGUUUCCUCCCCUGGAGGAUGGUCCCCUUUGCCCUGGUGAGGAGAGGACAGAAAAGAGCUCCAAGGCUGGCCGGUGUUGAUGUCACCCAGCGUGCCUGAGGCCCUGGGCUCAUCCCUAAGCUAUGAGAGAAAAGCUUCGCCAGGCAUGGUGGCAAUACUCCGAGGAAGGCAGAGGGAAGAGAGCAGGGCUUCCAGAGCACCUGCGGAGGCUGGGGAGUUGACUGGGCGGUUACGAGCGCUGACUCCGUUUCCCAGGGCUCUGUAGCCCUCUUCCGGCCUCCCACAGGUGCCAGGCACACACAUCGUACAUGUACACGCAUACAUGCAUCCGUGCGAGCUGACACUCAUACACAUAAAGCGUCAUCAAUUAAUAAAACAGGUGACAAUAAGCAGACAAAAAAGAUCAUUUUCACCUGCAUGGCAAAGUCAAGGCCAACUGGGCUAAGUGAAACCCUGUUUCAAAACUGAAAAAGAAGCCAGGAGUGCCCCUCGCUUUUAAUUCCAACAGAAGCAGGUGGAUCUCUGUGAGUUCAAGGCCAGCCUGGUCUACAAAUCACGUUCAGAAUAGCCAAGGCUACAAAGAGAAACUCUGUCUCAAAAAAUAACAAAACAGAGACAGAGGUUAGAGGGGUUAGAAAGAAAAGGUUGUAUUGCUGAGAGCAGGAGCCAGGGUGGAGGGAAGCCUGUGGGCCCGCCUACACCAAGCACCCAGAACUUUGCCUGGCCAGGAUCUUUCCCCAGGUUCAGCGGUGCCAAUGAACGGGGCCUUGAACCAGCUUCUCCCCCACCCAAGCACUCGAGACUCAAGGGAAUUGCGGCCUGUGCAGCUGCAGGGCAGUUCCUUUCUGCUCAGGGCCCGAACCAUAUGGCAGAGAAAGGCCCAGGGGUGAGGGCCACUGGACCCCAUCUCCGUCCCCGGGGCUGAACAGGAAGUGAGCAGGUGCUGGGGUGGAAUCGGAUACCUCGGGGCCUCUGCAACCCAGACUAAGCAAGCAAGGACUUAGCCAACGAAGAUGCCAGGGAGUCUGGGAGCCCUCCGAGCCCUGCCUCUCCUCCUCUUCCUGUCCGAAGCCUGCCUGGGCCCCGGCUGCCAGGCCCUGACGGUGGCAUGGAGUCCGACGUCCGUGACAGUGAACACGGGCAGCAAGGCCCACCUCACCUGCAGUCACGACGGGGGGACCCCUAACAUCACGUGGUGGCGCAUCGUUCACGGCAACCUCACGGGGCCCCCGGUGUUAGUGGGUGAAGCUCCCGGAGGCGAGCUGGUCCUCUCCAACGUGAACAAGAGCCACCGGGGCUUGUACAGGUGCAGCGUGACAGAAAACAACGUCACGGCAUACUCCUGCGGCACUUACCUCCUGGUGCGCCAGCCCAUCCCGAGGCCCUUCCUGGACAUGGGGGAGGGCACCAAGAACCGGAUCAUCACGGCAGAGGGGAUCAUCCUGCUGUUCUGUGCCGUCGUGCCCGGGACGCUGCUGCUCUUCAGGAAGCGAUGGCAGAAUGAGAAGUUUGGGGUGGGCAUGCCGGAUGACUAUGAAGAUGAAAAUCUUUAUGAGGGCCUGAAUCUCGAUGACUGCUCUAUGUAUGAGGACAUCUCCAGGGGACUCCAGGGCACCUACCAGGACGUGGGCAGCCUCCACAUUGGAGAUGUCCAGCUGGAAAAGCCAUGACAGACACCCCCUUCCCCACGCCCCAUCCUGCUGUGCUGCCCGGCCCUGCCUGCCUGCCCUACUCUGGGGUCAGGCCUCACUCCUCCUCUCCCCGUCCCCAGUCCUUGUCCCACCCUUGCCUGCAGACGGCCCCACCCUCCUCUCCCACCUAAUUCUGUCCUUCCCCAAGCCUGCCCUGGGUUCCCUCUCCAGUGGGUAAUGAGCCCUUAAUCGCCGCCUCUAGGGGAGCUGAUUACAGCCUCGUUAGUGUCUCCCUCCUCCCAGAUCUGUCAUGGCCGCUUAAGUGAUAAUAAAUCCUUC